AUGAUAUGCCCCAACGUGUCCAUAAACCCCAAAUUGCUAUUUGCUAAUUUGCUAUCUCCCGUAACGUGGAUUAAAGAAGCUUAUAGCACAAGGAACACACGCAGGCAAAAUAAAGUAUGCUUUGGAGUAACCAACACUUUUUAUGCUCUACAGGAUAGGGAUGUGGACAGCUAUUUGGAUUCACAAGGCUUGAGUCCGGAUCAAUGUUGGAGAUCAAAAUACGAGGUGUUUCCUACCACAGAUGAGUUUAAUAGGAUGUUAAAAUCUUGCUGUAAGGAUGCAGCGUCCAAAGUUGUGGCUUCGUUCAUGGAAAUGUUGCUGAGGAACGGAAAGACACUAGAGACGUUUGUUGUAAAGUUGAAAUAUAUCGACGAAUUUGAUGAUGAUCCAAAGUGGUUUGAAGAGUUGCUUCAGAUUCCUCCAACACUUUGUAACAACAACAAUGUAUCUAUUGUGCUCAAACGUUAUUUUGGUUAA